AUGAUCCGGGCUUUUCGGACUGUCCUUUCAGAUGUUUUCCAUCAUCUUUGCUCCUGGCAUAUCGAGAAAAAUAUGCAGAGGCACCUGCAUUACAAGUCACUGGAUGAGUUCAGAUCGCUCCUGUACUAUGCCACCUCUCAAGCGAACUUUGAGCAGAGAUGGAAAGCUUUCUAUGAUAAGUGGAAUACGGAUAGAACUGAAGAGUGGCUUGACAGGAUGUAUAGGAAGAGGAGACUUUGGGCAGCUUCAUAUCUUUCCGAUGGUUUUUUCCUUGGUAUGCGAAGUAACCAGAGGAGUGAAAGCCUCAACUCCUGCCUUCACCUUCACCUGGACUACGGUAUGACAAUUGUUGAUUUGGUGGUGCAUUAUGAGAACUGUAUAGUUCGCCUGCGUGAGAACGAGGCGUACGAUGACUGCGAGGCAUUCCAGAAGGAACCACCGUCGGUUACUGAAUAUAAGGCCCUUGAGGAGCAUGCCGCCAAAGUAUUCACACCUGCUAAUUUCUACAUCCUCCAAGAUGAUUUGCAUAAGAUGGGUCAGCUGGAGAUAUUUGAGACGCUCGUGGGAAUUGGGCGUCAGACAUUCAUGGUGACAUGGAAGGAUAACCACAAGUUCAGGUAA